AUGCAGUACAAGGAAGGAAGGAGCACUUUGAUUCAGAGAGGAAGGGCGCUGCUUCAAAGGAACCCGGCUCUCAGGAAGCAAGUCAUCCGAGCGUUGCACGAUCGCAAGACAAGAGUGGCUUUGAAGCAGCAGCUGACGAUUCUUUGUGACGAAGGACGCUCUCAUCCUGAAUAUUGGGCCCUCAAGACAGUUCUCGACAAAGUAGAUGGGGGCGAGGACGAUUCAGACGUGAUCCAUGCUGACGGUUCGUUUGACGAGCCCAGUUAUGCUCAAGACUGGGAUGACGACAGUUGGAGUGAUGGGUUCCAGGGCCUCCACAUCAGCCAGGACGACAAGUUUUCUGAUGAGGGACUGGGUAUCAGCUUCUCGGAUAACGAUUCUAUACAGAACUGGUGA